GUGAACUCGAAAUCCGCACGGGGAGGGGGUAGAGAAGGAGAAGAGAGGAGAAAGGAAAUAUAAAUAUUUUUCGAUCACGCGCGCGUAAAAUACGUCGUCAGAGAAAUAAACGGUCGUAAACGUUAGACGACAAUGGCAGUGCGUAGAGAUUCGAUAGAAAGGGAAAGGAGAAACGCUAGAUGGUGUAGAGAACGAGCAGAAAGGUGCGCGCGAGCGACCACGCGACAAGCCGGCUAGUUCGUGAAACGCACGCAAGUUCGCGAAUCAUUUUGAUCGAACAUGGAGAUGACUUUGAAAAAUCGAGUUGGAUGACUUUAGAACGCAGGCGAAUAAACUGCAAUCCAGAUAGAAAUGAGAUCAAGGCCAGGCAGAGGCGUACACCCUGGCCAGAGCCGGAACAUCGAGCAGGUCGUAGCCAAAACCAUAGCCAGGAUCGGAGGGCGCGCAUGCGUCUUUUUGCCACCUGCUCGCAACUUUCUCGUUCUCCCGUCAAUGACAACGUUAACCCGCACGGCAACGUUAUCGUCUAGGGAAAGGAAGGGGUCGAAGACGAUCUCGACGACCUCGACGUCGUCGAGUAUCGUGCCGGCAACGUCGACGACGUUAUCGACAUUGACGUCGUCGCUUACGAGGACGAGAACGGCGACUACCACGACGACGUCAACGACGACGAGGACGAUUUUGACGGUGAGACGAAAACGAAGACGACGACGAAGACGAAGAAGUCUAGAAAGAUAUUUAGGUUCGCGAGGAAAAGACGGAGGAAGAAAGGACUUUGUAAGACAGCUCGUUUAAAAGAGAAGUGGAGGGGAGAUCGGUAGUCGAUUUCAACCGCGCGUGAAUCGUGCGUCGAUCGUGCGUGAACGGUGCUAAUCGUAGCGUUUGGAUUUCCUUCGGAUUCCUGGCGCGUUCCUGAGCGGCG